AUGAUUGCCGCGACAACCGCCACAAAUACUCAAAAAUUUGAGGUCUUUACUGUCUUAACGGCGUCAUAUGAAGAAAUAUAUGACCAGUGCAAAGAUCAAAUACCACCACCACCCCCAAGAAAAUACCCCAGAGUAGGAAAACCUAGAAACACCGGCAAGUGGUGCAAACACCAUGAGGAUAGUGGUCACAACACCAACGACUGCAACGCCCUCAAAACAGCAAUUGAGUCGUUAUCCCGUGACGGAAGGCUGGAGCAGUACAAAGUACGACAACCACCUCCGGUUGUCACCAACGUCGAACCAGUGCGGCGGAUCAACACAAUUGAGGGCGGUGCUUUUAUCGGCAGUCUAUCACACAAAGCCAGAAAGCGUUAUAAGCGCGCUAACCACCCAAAAGAGGUAUUUAAUAUCCGCUAUGACCGGUCAGUCAAAAUGGCCAAAGCAGGUUGGGGACCAAUCACUUUUUCCGAGGAGGAGGAGCGAGGUAUUCAUUCACCUCAUGAUGAUCCAUUUCUGAUAGAUGCCGUCCUCGACAGAUCGUCUGUAGGAAGGAUAUUGGUGGAUAGCGGGUCCGCUGUCAAUGUCAUAUUCAAUGGUUGUUACAAACAACUACAGCGCAACAACAAACUUCUGCAAGACCACGAGCCGCUGCUCAGUUUCUCCGGCGACGUAACCCAACCUCUAGGGUCGGAUUAUAUGCGUUUAUCGGUCGGGACAAUUCCCUGCACGGCAUAA